CACCAACCUACGCUACUGAGCAGUCCGACUAUUCCCUCCGCCCUCCUAGAAACUAGUGAAUUAUUUUCUAGCCUAGAUGCGUCUAGCCCUAUGACUCCAUCCCUCGUUUCUCGCUGUUUGCUGUUAUGCUGGCUCAUCAGUCUUUCGCUCUGCUGGGUCCCUGCAGUAGUAUCUGGCGAGUCGCCGAAUUCACCGUCACGUAGUUCCACGCAUGGCCAUGCGGUCACUACUCCAAAUGAAGAGGUCAGCAAUUUUUCGAACGGACCCAAGCUUAGAACACCCCUCCCAGCGUCCGUACCAGCGGAAAUUGGCGCGAACUCAUCAUUAGAAGCUCCGACAGCAGACAGGAAGAGGAAGCACGAAUGGGAUGCUGUACAGGGGGAAUCGCUACAAGCAGCAGUACCGCCGUCAGAAGCAGCGUCGCCGACCGCCUCCUUCUCUCGCACGCCCGGCAAUUCCUUCCUUGGGGAUGCACGAGCAUCGUCUGCCACCGUUUCGCAACCACCCGCGCUCACCGCUACUGCUCCAGCCGCUACCGCCGCUUCGGUGGGUGCGGGUGCUGUGGGCGCGGCACGCUCUGCUGAGCCUGCGGGAGCGGAUGAGGGGGCGAGAGUGCACGUGAGCGCGCAAGCAGAUAAGGUGCGAGGAGGUGAGCGGGAGGGAGCGGCGGUAGCUGGCGGUGGUGGGGGAAGCGACGCGGUGCAGGCGAGCACAGGGUCAGGGUCAGGGUCAGGGUCAGGGUCAGGGUCAGGGCAGACGGCGAGGAGCGCGGUGAAUACGAGCGAGCAUGGACCGCUGGCAGAGGGGACGGCAAGUACGAAGGCGGGCGACGGGGCGAAGAGCAGUGAGAAAAGUGGUGGGGCUGCAAGUGUGAAACAGGGGGGGUUCGCGGACCAGGGAGGCGGCUCAAAGCAGGUAAAUAGCGGAGGUGGCGCACCCAGCUCAGCAGCCAUGGCGCCUAGUGCUAGCAAUUCCACGUCAGAUACCCCUGCUGCUGACGACACUCGCACCGACGACGAUCACGACGACCCCAACUGCCACCGCGUGCGGGACCUGCUAACCCCAGCAGAGCAGUGCGAGUACGUGUCCACGCACCCCGCGUGCCAGCUGGGCUCCUGGAUCCACUACCUCUCGCUCUACUACUGCCGCUCGCUCAGCGUGACGCGCGGCGUGGCGGCGGCGGGCGUGGCGGUGUGGCUGGGCGCGCUCUUCUUCAUGCUGGGCAACACCGCGGCGGACUUCUUCUGCCCCUCGCUUGAGCAGCUCUCGCACCUGCUGCGCCUGCCGCCCACUGUCGCCGGCGUCACGCUGCUGCCGCUGGGCAACGGCGCACCGGACGUGUUUGCGAGCAUCGCGGCGUUUGUGGGCACGGGGCAGGGCCAGGUGGGGCUCAACAGCGUGCUGGGCGCCGCCACGUUUGUGUCGUGCGUGGUGGCGGGCGCCGUCUGCAUUGUGGCCGCCGUCGCUGCCGCCGCCAGGACCAGAGCGGCGGGGCCGGCAGGGGCGAAGAGGCUGGUGGAUGCCACGGUGGUGGAUGGGCCCUCGUUCAUCCGUGACGUCUGCUUCUUCAUCGCUGCUCUGCUCGUGCUGUUUGUGAUUGUGUGCAUGGGGGCCGUGCACCUGUGGACGGCCCUCCUCUUCUUCUCCAUCUACAUCGCCUACUGCUGCACCGUCGCCUCCUUCCAGCUCUCCUCCUCCUCCCCUUCCGCCCACCGCCCCGCGCCCCUCUCCUCAACCCUCCCUGAACCCCCUCACCUGCAGCAGCCGCUGCUGCCUGUUGACCAGUGGGAGGGUGGGGGGGGAGGGGAGUCAGCAGGUCUCGGAACGAAGGGGAGCAGGCUGGGGGAAGACGAGGAGGAGGAGGUGGAGAGUGGGGAUGGGCAGGUGCGGGGAGGCGAGUGCGGGGAGGGCGGGGGGCAUGGGUUGCCGCAGUGGAUGUGGACGAGGGAUGUGCGCAUCUUCCAGCUGGAGCCACAGCACGGGGCGGCCCAUGGGGUGGCGGGUCGAGCUGCUUUCAUGGAGAUGGAGGAUGGGGCGGAUGGCGAUGCUGGGGGGGGUGUGAGACCGCUGUGGGGAUGGGGCUCGGAUGAUGAAGAGGAGGAGGACGAGGAGGAGGUCGAGGAUGUUAUGCACUCCUGGGAGCCCCCGUCAGCGCCUGUUCUCUCAGCGCAGGGCAUAGCCUACUGGUUCUUCUGCCUGCCUGCCAUGCUGCCGCGCCUCCUCACCAUCCCCCUCCUCCCCCGCGACUCACGCAGCCGCGUCCUCUCGCUCCUCUCUCUCGCCCUCUCCCCUCUCUUCUUCCUCCUCGUGCUCCAAGGCCCGUUCCUCUCCCCUCUACCCCUCUCUCUAGCUGCGGCCUGCGGUGCGCUUCUCUCUCUGCUUGGCCUCCUCGCUUCAUCAGGCCCUUCUGGGGCAAAGCACCUGUCAGCAGCUGUACUAGGGCCAGCGUCGCACCACCACACCAACCGUCACCGCCCCACAUCCCUCCGCAUCCCGCCUCGCCUUCUUGGCCUCCUGUGGGUGGUACCGGGGUUUGUGAUGAGUGUGGUGUGGUUCUAUGUGGUGGCGAAUGAGCUCGUGGCGUUGCUGGUGUCGGCAGCCAUUGUGCUGCGAGUCAGCUCGGCCGUGCUUGGACUCACACUGCUCGCAUGGGGCAACUCCAUCGGGGACUUUGUUGCCAAUCUGGCCCUGGCGUAUGGUGGGGGAGCCAUAGGGGGGAGUGGAGGGAUGCGUGGGCGGAGCGAGAGGGCGGCGGAGAGGGUGCAGAUUGCAUGGUCUGGCUGCUAUGCAGGGCCCAUGUUCAACACGCUUGUGGGGAUUGGCAUGUCCCUUGUUCUCACCUCCUGGCACUCGUAUCCACAUGCGUUCGUUAUCCCCGAAGACCCCACGCUCCCGUAUACCUUCGCUUUCCUUCUUUUUGGGUUGUUCCUCUCGCUUCUGAUUCUUCCUCUAUCUGGCUUCCGCCUGAGCCGGCCAUUGGGGGUGUCUCUUAUAUUUGUUUACGUGUCUUUCCUCAGCCUAAGGUUGCUUGAUGUUAUGGGUAUAGUUACCCUCAAACCAUGGUGGUGAAUUUUGUGUAUUUCUCCUUAUGGAUGUAAGUAAAUGAGUAGGUCCACC